AUGUCAAGCAAAAAACUCCUGGCAAAAUUGAUUGCGGAUCUAAAGGAGUGAUUUUAGUCUCGAAAAUCUAAGAUUCCACUGAAUUUUCUCUACUUUCUUCAGUUACUUUAGUUGAAAGUUGAAUUAUGUCUGAAGGUGUUGCGAAAAACGGGGCAUAUAAGUACGAGGAUGGUACGAAAUACAUUGGUGAUUGGAAUGGGAGGGGAAUGAAGCAUGGAGCUGGCUCCUUGAUGCUUCCUGAUGGCACCAGGUACGACGGAGGCUUCCACAAUGGCUUGUGCUCAGGUCUGGGGGUCAUUGUGUUUCCUGAUGGUGCCAAAUUCGAGGGAGAGUUCAUGCAGGGAUGGUUUCACGGUCACGGCGUCUUCUGGCGGUCUGACGGAAUGAAGUUCGAGGGAGAGUUUCGAGGCGGUCGGAUCUGGGGACUCGGUCUGGUGACUUAUGCAGACGGAUCUCACGGAUUUCCCCGAAACGAGGGAUUCUUCCAGGAUUGUCGUCUAGUUCGUCGACGAAGGUGUCCCGACGCCAUCCAGAAGGCCCAGAAGAUCUCGCUUAUGGCUAGAGCACAGACUGCUCCGUAGAAUGAAUUAAUUGAUUAAACGUUUAAUUGUUAAUUAAUUGUUUGAAUGUUUAAACCUCCCAGUGUAAUCAAUAAAUUUGUUUAGAAAAUUGAGAAGAAUCUUCAUAUUCAUCGAUUCAUUGGGGUAAUCACCCCCAUUAAGCAUCUGCCUGACAAACGAAUAAUAAACAAUUAAUUUUUUUGCACUAAUUAUUCGUCUUUAGAUAUACAUAAUCGAUCUGUAAUGUAUGAAAAAUCUCAUUCCAAUAACUCGUGACUUUUAAAAUUCAUAGUAGUCUCCCCUUAAUUAAUUUCUUUGCUAGAUUCUUCGGAGAUAAUCUGCAUUCUUCUUUGCAUCUUCAUUUUUCAGGCGUACUCUCAUGUAUCACCUACUCCCAGAGUUUCUGUUUCUGUUAUACUUUUGUAUUUGCUUUGUGGCUUUGCCACUAGUUUUGUACAACAUAAUGUGCAGCAAUAAAAAUCAAUCAAUCAAUCAAUCAA